CGUUCUAUUUUGCCGUGCAACUCUUCACCGGCGCCUGGCAGGUCCGCUACCAGAGCAUUGACUGGCUCGCCAGCAUUCUCUCCGGUCUCUCCGUCUACCACAAGGACUUUGCGAUUGCAGUCGUCGACAACAUUAUUGAGGAUGUUCGUGUUGGCAUGGAGAUAAACGACCAGACUCUCGCCCAACGAAGGCUCAGCAUGAUAAAGUAUCUGGGUCUGUUGUAUAAUUACAAGCUGGUCGACUCUCCAGUCAUCUUCACCACCCUCUACUCCCUCAUCACCUUCGGUGUGAGUCUGGACU